AUGAGUGAAGAAACAAAAGUAGAGAAAGAAAAAUAUAAUGAAUUAACAAGAAAAAUACGAGAUCAAAUAAUCAAAAAGAAUGAAUUAAUAGAUAAAUUAAAUAAUUUAGAAGAUAAAAUCUAUCAAAAAGAAAAUGAAUAUUUUGAAGAAAGUGUAAUUGGUAAUAUAAUUAAAGGUUUUGAAAAUUUUUCAAAAUCUUCUGGUUCCACAACUGGUGGAUCUAUAAUUAAUUCAAAAAGAAGAGUUACAUAUACUGAUGAUGAUCAUAUUUUCAGUCUAAGCUCAGUAAAGUAUAUUAAAAAUUAUUCAAGACGGCAUAAUUAUACAAAUGGUUCAAAAGAUGAUAAUUUUGAAAAUUUUGAAGAUUCAGUAGAACCACCAAAUAAUAAAUCAAUUGAUAAAAUAUCUGAAAUUUCAUCUAAUUCGAGUACUCCAACAAGAAAACGAAAAGCAAGAACAUUAGAUGAUUAA